AUGGCGAAGAUAUACAGCAAAGAAAGUCAAGUGGUAAUUUGGCUGGGAGAGGCGGCAGACAAUAGUGAUCGAGCUCUUGAAGGAAUAGUUAUUGCCGCAAGCCAAUCUGAAAUCUCUUCAAAUGGAAUAACGCGGAUGGCAGUUAUUGCACUAGUUCAACGUCCCUGGUUUCGGCGCAUUUGGGUGAUACAAGAAGUUGCCGCAGCUCGACACAUACUAAUCAUGUGUGGUCUUGUUGAGAUCGGUGGGUACGCGUUCUGUUCAGGGUUAAAUUUAUGGAAAGACUCUCUCGAAGCUUAUCCAAAAUUGCAAAGAUUGAUUCGUUCGGUGAUUUACCUCAUGAAGGAAGUAAACUUUCGGCCCAAAUAUGCAAAAAGUAGCUCGGACAAUUUCUCCCUUGAUAUUCGCCCUUUAAGCGAGCUGAUAGAAACAUAUUAUACCCGGGAAUCGACCGAUGUCCUUGAUAAAGUGUAUGCUUUACUCGCCAUGUGCUCCGAUAAUCCUACCUCAGCAGGCUUACUCCCCGACUAUACCAUUCUAUGGGAACAACUCUUUCAGCAGCUUGUCCAGUUAAUUCUUUGUAAAGAGAUAGAAGUGAUAAUCCCGCAAGACAGAAAGAAAGCAAUAUUCAAAAGCAAAGGUUGUGUUCUUGGCUUGGUGAGUUCAGUGUACGUUGAUGCUGCUUGGAAUGACACGCAAAAGGUGAACAUCGUUUUCACAGAUGCUUUUGAGUAUUUGGAAAGCGAAAUGAGAAUGCAGACUACUUGGAAUAUCCCAAUGAUGGAAAAAAACAUACAGCGAGGUGACAUCUUCUGUAUUUUACAAGGGGUUUCAAAGCCAACGAUUAUCAGGCCUUGUGAUGAUUAUUUCUCUGUCAUUAUGAUUGCAGCAACUUCUAUGGAUUUCACAUUAGAAUUGAAAUCAGAGUGGUACAAAAUUUUGCGUUCAAUAACAACUUUCCCACGGGACUUACUACUUGCAUGGAACUUGGGGGGGGUCUCGGAAGAAGUUGAUUCAGAGACGGAUGGGACUCAAGAGGCGAAGAAAGAUAUAGAAUCAAGCGAAGAGACACGUAACAGUUUUGAGGUGAAGAUUCACGUAAAGGCGAAGGGCUGUUCAGAAUCUGGACAGAAUUCAGAGGCGAAGGAGAAUUCCGAUAUUGAUGAGCAUUCGACAGCAGAAGAGUAUUCGACAGCAGAAGAGUAUUCGACAGCAGAAGAGUAUUCGACAGCAGAAGAGUAUUCGACAGCAGAAGAGUAUUCGACAGCAGAAGAGUAUUCGACAGCAGAAGAGUAUUCGACAGCAGAAGAGUAUUGGAAAGCAAAGGAGUGUUCAUAUAUGAGUGAGAAUUCAGAAGCAGGAGAAUAUCUAAACCUGGAUGGGUAUUCAGAGACUGGGUCGAGAAUAUGGGAUAACGCAAUUAGAUUGCAUGACGUAGCUCUGAUAUUGAAAGACUUGAGACUGUAUGAUGAUGCAGAAGUGUUAUUUCUGCGACUGAUAAAGACAAGAAAACAACUACAAGGAGUCGAACACCCACAAACACUACUCAGUAUAGCUGAUCUGCAGUUAUAUUAUCGAGAGCGAGGACUCUUGAGGGAGACAGAAGAGUUAGAAGCAAUGAAGCAUCUCCUUGAGACAGGAGAAAGCGCCGCUCAAGUUUCAGAAGAAGAGGUGGUCGAAAUUGCGUCAUCAUCAUCUUGCAAAGCAAUGAUACUCUUACUCGAGCGGAGAAAUGGGCAUAUUCCGAUCACAGAAGAGGUAGUCAAGACAGCAGCAGCUAAUUACGAAUGCGGAACUGAUAUAAUGAAGCUAUUGCUCAGAGAAAGAGAGGAUCUUUCAAUUGCAGAAAAAGUUGUUCGAAUUGUAGCAGGAAAUAGGAAGGGAUAUGAAAUGAUGAAACUUCUAUUUGAUAAAAUAGGGGACUUUUUGAUUACAGAAGAUGUUGUUCGAAUCGCGGCAGAAAAUAAAAACGAAGGAUAUGAGAUAAUGAAACUUCUAUUUGAUAAAAAGAAAGACCUUUUGAUUACAGAAGAGACAGUUGGAAUCGCAGCAGGAAAUUUGAAAUAUGGAAAAUUUCUAUUGAAACUGCUCUUUCAGUAA